UUUCAGCUAAUACAAAAUGUUCGCUUUGUGGUAUUUAACUUUUGCUGUCGACGAAAUACGCAAACGUUUAGCUUGGUUAUUUAGUUCUAACAAGCCAGCAGCGCCCGCACUCGACAACAAGCCAGCGAAUCCAGCUCCCGGCAAGGAAUCAGCACCUGCUCCUGCAUCUGCUCCAGCUCCAAAGCCUGCUGCAGUACCUGCUCCUAAACCAGAUCCCCCAAAACCAGCGCCAGCGGUAGCCAAGCCCACUCCGGUACCAGUUCCUGCGACAGCUCCCGCUCCACCGAAGGAAGAACCUGCUCCAAAGCCCAAACCGGAACCAGUGCCUGCACCCGUAGUUGCCCCGCCAAAACCAACUCCUCCACCAGCCAAGCCCAGCAGUCCGCCAAAACAAGCCGACAAGAUGCCUAUCCCACUGCCGAAAUCGCUGACAGAGGCCAAUACCAAUGGCCAAAAUGGCAAUGCCGCCAAUGGCGGUAAUGUGGAUGAGCUGGUGUUCGCUGGCCAGCAGGCCGAGAAGGUGCUUCCAGCGGCCAAGGAGGCCAGCAAUGACUUCAUCAAGGGCGAAACCAAUGCCUUCAUCCAGUCGAUUAAGGAGGCUCAACAGUUGGGCGAGCGCAAACAAGACACCAUGGUUGAUGCCGCUGUUCUCGCUAAACUGGAGGAGGGUUAUGCCAAGCUGGCUGCCUCCGACUCCAAGUCGCUGUUGAAGAAGUACCUGACCAAGGAGGUCUUCGACAACCUGAAGAACAAGGUCACGCCCACCUUCAAGUCGACCCUGCUGGAUGUGAUCCAGUCCGGCCUGGAGAACCACGACUCCGGCGUGGGCAUCUACGCUCCCGAUGCCGAGGCUUACACAGUGUUCGCCGACCUGUUCGACCCCAUCAUCGAGGACUACCAUGGUGGCUUCAAGAAGACCGACAAGCACCCGGCCUCCAGCUUCGGCGAUGUGUCCACCUUCGGCAACGUUGACCCCACCAACGAGUACGUGAUCUCCACUCGCGUGCGUUGCGGUCGCUCCAUGCAGGGAUACCCCUUCAACCCCUGCUUGACCGAGGCCCAGUACAAGGAGAUGGAAGGCAAGGUCAGCAGCACCCUGUCCGGUCUGGAUGGUGAGCUGAAGGGCAAGUUCUACCCCCUGACUGGCAUGGAGAAGGCCGUCCAGCAGCAGCUGAUCGACGACCACUUCCUGUUCAAGGAGGGCGAUCGUUUCCUGCAGGCCGCCAACGCCUGCCGCUUCUGGCCCAGCGGCCGUGGCAUCUACCACAACGAUGCCAAGACCUUCCUGGUCUGGUGCAACGAGGAGGACCAUCUCCGCAUCAUCUCCAUGCAGCAGGGCGGUGAUCUGGGCCAGAUCUACAAGCGUCUGGUGACCGCCGUCAACGAAAUCGAGAAGCGUGUGCCCUUCAGCCACGACGACCGUCUCGGUUUCCUGACCUUCUGCCCCACCAACCUGGGCACCACCAUCCGUGCCUCCGUGCACAUCAAGGUGCCCAAGCUGGCCUCCAACAAGGCCAAGCUUGAGGAGGUUGCCGCCAAGUACAACCUGCAGGUGCGCGGAACCCGCGGUGAGCACACCGAGGCUGAGGGUGGUGUCUACGACAUCUCCAACAAGCGUCGCAUGGGUCUGACCGAGUUCGAGGCCGUCAAGGAGAUGUACGAUGGCAUCACCGAGCUGAUCAAGCUCGAGAAGAGCCUGUAAAUUGCCCGCCAACCGCCGAGCAUCGUCCCCCCGGCUGGAGGUGCAUCCCCACCGGAGUUAACAUCCAUCCACGGGAGCCACCAGUUCGGGGCACACGCAA